UGAAGGUCUCUUAGCUUAUUCACCCCCACAACUCCACAUGCCUUUGUUGUUUUCUUUCCUUUAAUUUUCUCCAUUAUUUUACUCCAUACUCACAUUUCCAUCAAACCCAAAUCCCCAUAUUAUAUAUAUAUAUCCCUCAACCCCCUCCCAUUCCCACAACUCCAUCCAUCUUCUCCAAAAACCCAACAUCACAGAUUCACAUUUAACUCAUUUUCUCUAUCUGAUCUCCCACAGCUCAAGAUUCAAGAACAAUAAUAUAAUGGGUAUCAGAAAGUCAAAGAAACUGCAGGCCCAGACCGCAAUGAUCAAGCAGAUUCUGAAGAAACUCGGGAAAAAACAUGGGUACGAUGAAGAAGGCCUCCCCAUCGACGUUCCGAGGGGACACUUCGCCGUCUACGUCGGCGAGAACCGGACUAGGUACAUUGUUCCCAUCUCCUUCUUGACCCAACCGGAGUUCCAAAUCCUCCUUCAACGCGCCGAGGAAGAGUUCGGCUUCGACCACGGCGACAUGGGCCUCACCAUCCCCUGCGACGAAUACGUCUUCGAAAAUCUAACGUCGAUGCUUAGGUAAAAUGUUCCCGGCCGACCACUAUUCCGACCAUCGACCGACGACCGAGGGCUUAGCUUUGUUCCAUGAAGCUAUCAGCGGCAAUCUACCACCCAGGAAUCAAAAGUGUUGUACACUUAAGGAUGGAUGGCCUCAUGGCCUUCUUGUAAUCUAACUUAUGACUCCAACAUUUAUGGGAGAUUUAAUUUUAUCGUUUAAUUUUUAGUUCAUAAUUAUGUCUCUAAUUACUAAUCUCCUCGCGGUGGUGUUCGAUUGUAAGUUGUUGUAACUUUGUUCCCUGCAGGGAGAUUAGAUAUAUAUUAAAUCUUUUUUUUUUU